AGAGAGGUUCGUGAAAAAUCAGCAUUUUCGUUCUCAGUAUGAAACCAUCAUCGAAGGAAAUAAGAACUAGGGAAAAACCGUAACAAUUUCAUCAAUAAAAAACUCAUAUUUCUGCUUUUUGAUCAUAUUUUUUGAGUUCAUCUAUCAUUUCUGCGUCUGUCUGAGCACCAAAUUUGUGUAAAAACUCGUGGAGCAAAUUAAUAGUUCAAUUAAUAAACUAGGUAAAAAGUGCAGAAAAACGGAACUCGCAUGUAAAUAAACACGAAAGCAAGAAUUAAGAAGCUUCAUCCGGAUGAUGAUCAGCCGUAAGAAGAUGAACAAUAUUUGAUUCGGAUUAGUGAAUCAAAAGUUGAAAUUGCAAAUUAAGGAAUAUAAUUAAAGUGAAUUAAAUAUUAAAACGAAGAAGAAAAAAAAAUUAGAAAAAAAGGAAAAACAAAGAAAAAAAGUGAAUAAUGACGAUUAUCUUAUUUCUAAUCGAUACGUCAGCGUCAAUGAACCAGGAAGCGUUUGUGAACGGUGUACACAAAACAUACUUGGACAUAGCAAAAGGCGCUGUUGAAACAUUUUUAAAAUAUCGACAGCGAUCACAAGACUGCAUGGGUGAUCGAUACAUGUUAUUAACAUUUGAAGAUACGCCAUGCAAUGUCAAAGCUGGUUGGAAGGAAAAUCAUGCAACAUUUAUGAAUGAAUUAAAGAAUUUACAAGCGUGUGGAUUAACAACAGUUGGUGAAGCACUUAAAAGCGCUUUUGACCUGCUUAAUCUGAAUAGAAUGCAAUCUGGAAUUGAUACGUAUGGGCAAGGUCGUUGUCCAUUUUACCUCGAACCAUCAAUCAUCAUUCUUGUGACUGAUGGUGGCCGAUAUUCACAUCGGAAUGGGAUUGAGAAUCAAUUGUCACUUCCACUCAACAUCAACAUUCCUGGGGUGAAAUUAACGAAAGAACCAUUUCGAUGGGAUCAAAGAUUAUUCUCAUUGAUAUUAAGAAUGCCAGGACAUAAAGUGGAUGAGAGAGGCGAAGGAAAAGUUCCACAUGACGACUCGCCACUUGAGAAAAUGUGCGAAGUUACUGGCGGACGAUCAUAUCGUGUUAAAAGUCAAUAUGUGUUAAAUCAAUGCAUUGAAAGUCUCGUACAGAAAGCUCAACCUGGUGUCGUUAUAAACUUUGAACCGGUGUUUAAAGACCAAAAAGAUCUCAAAGAUGGCGAAGUGCCGGAAAUGAUUUUUCAAAGCGCUAAGAAAAUGAUUUACGUUCAUAAAAUUCCAGCAUUAAAACAAUUUCCCGUCGGUUAUUGGCCAAUUCCAGAAUCUUAUUGGCCUGACUCGAAAAUGAGUUCACUGCCACCAAGAGACGCUCAUCCACGUAUUAGAAUUUGCUUAACACCACACGAUGAACCACAAAUUGUGAGGAAUUUCCCAAUUGAUAAAUAUGAACUCGAGCCGAGUCCUUUGACGCUUUGGAUGUUGUCAAAGAUGAAAGAUCCGAAUAAAGUUUAUCCAUUACUUGUUUUAAAUGCGAAUGGAGUUCACGAUCCAAUGUCACAAUAUCGAAUGCAUCAACCAAUCAAUGAUCAACCAUUUGGAUAUUUAAAAGCAAACAGCACAUUGAUGGUCGUUCAUCUUUACGUCCUUCCUUACAAUUAUCAAUUUGUGUUGGCACUCAUUUACGAUCUCGUGCACAAAUUGACAUUCAAUCCAACCAGUGAAUGGAUAAAUAAAUUCACAACAUACGUUAAGUCAAUUCCACAAUAUUAUUAUCAGUUUUUAAGGAAAGCUUUGACAAUGAUCAGCAUUCCUUACCAACUUCUUCAAUAUAUCUUACCGGAAAGUCUUGACAGUUAUUUAAACGCAACUGUCGCUAAUCAAUUGAAACAAAUGAAGAAUGUGGCGAAGCAAGAGCAGGAACAACUUUGUGUUCGCGUAUUUAAACAACUUAAACUUCCAAAGAUGCCGUAUCAUCAACACGAAACUGUUAAACUUAAUUGUGGUCAAGCAAUUAAAAUUCCUGACUUAGUUAAACAUCCAAUGCUUCGUGAUACAUUUCAAAAGAUGCACAGUGAGAUUAACACGUUUGAGAAUUACAGUAUUGUCGUUCCAACUGUGAUGAACAUUCAAUCGACGAAGAAUUAUCGAAAUCCAUUUGACAUUCCGCGUCGUGAUCUCAUCGAUGAAAUUUCACGAAUGCGUGACAAUUUCUUUAAACUCCCAACGAGAAACAUCAAUUUAAUGUCAAAGGAUGCUGGACAUAGUCUGCCGAUAGCUGAGAUGGGAAAUUAUCAAGAUUAUUUGAAGCGACGUGAGCCGCCAUUGCGGGAACUUGAGCCGACAAAUGUUCGUCAGCAUAUGUUUGGAAAUCCUUACAAACGAGACAAGCACAUGGUGAUGGUUGAUGAAGCUGACGACAUCACGUCAGAUCCAUCGUCACCCAACAAUAAGAUUCCAAAUGCGAACAAGAAAGACAUCAGAAUGAGUCGGAAACGCAAAGCGGGUCCAAUAAGAAAAGAUUUCGUUUACAAACGUGCAAGAACCGAAUUUGGCUUUCCAAUGUCGCCGGGACUUCCAUGCCCACCAUCACCAAUGGGCAGUGAAAUUGAUGAUUCUGAUACAGCUUCAGAAUUCUCUGUAAAUGACGAUGACAGUCGAAGAUCAAACGAUUCUGAUUACAAUGAAGUGACUGAUGAUGAAUUCCGAUUAAAUGGUCACAUGGCAGCUGAAUACAAUUUCGACAACGUUCUCAAUGAGUCUCGAAUGGAAAUCAUUCCAUCUUCAUUACAACAAAAUUAUCCACCACGUUCAAUGCAAAGUGUCGGUUUGUCUCGUUUGAAUCUUCAACAAUUAGAACAACAACAACAGUCGAUGUCGUCAAACUUUCAACAGAAUUAUCCAAUUCAUCAUUUUCAUCAGCCACCGAUUGGUUCAGUGCCAAUUGUGCCUCAUCUAAUGCCAAAUAAUGGCGAUAUAACAGGAAGUUCGAUACAAAGUCCCGCAAUUGGCAGUGCAAUGGCUCAGCCAGUUCCAUCGUCACCUACAGGGCCACCGCCACCUUUUCCUUCUAUUUCAACACCACCAGUUAUUCCAACACCGUCAGCAACACCAAUCACAAUUCGCUCUCAACCACAUAACGACUUAAAUGAUGCACAAAACAUUUCCAAAAUUCUUCAAUCUUCAAUUCAUAAUGGAAGUGGAUCGACAAUCACCUCAACAAAUCACAAUAAUAAUCAUUCGUCGUCUGAGAAAAGAUUAUUCGUUGACGAACAACCGCAACAACAUCUUCAACAACCAAAAGGUGCUGCAUCGAAGUCCAACAAUCACAAGGAUGAGAAUGUGAAGGCAGGUGAUGAUCAACAACAUCAUCGUUCAAGAAGAAAACAAAAGACGACGUCAAAUGUGACGUCAACAGCCGUAGUCAAGUCAAAUCAACAUACACAUACAAAUGGUCUUAAUAGCAACAGCAACAGCAGCAGUACGACGGAUAAAAUAUUAAAUAAUAACAGUGUCAGCAGCUUCAUCAAUGGUGACGAUGGUUGUUGCUAUGAUGAUGAAGAUAUUGUGAAAUGGAAGCAGGAAAAUUCCGAGACGAGAGCGCAAGCAUUUAAAGAGAUUCGUCGUUUUGGACGUAAUUAUAAUGGACUUUAUGAACAACUUGAUAAGAUCAAAGGAACAUUUGAGAUGCGCUUUAAUUUCAUUCAAAUGUGUAUCAGUGAAGCUUUGAGAUUUCGUCGAAAGCAUAUGGUGAAAUGUAUUGAAGAGUGGUGGACGAUGAAAUGUGAUGACAAGAACAUUAAAUCAACGGGUAAAGUGAAAACAUAGUGCAUGCAUUAAAGUGGAGAGCUGUUCCUGUGAUAACUGAAUCUGCAGAUGACCAUUAAAGUCUUUUUUCCUUUCCUAUUUUACUUUCAUUCAAUUCGAUGACAUUUCUGCUCACAAAUUCUGAAAAUUUCUUCAAAUUUUAUUUCUUCAUUCAUUUCUUUAUCAUUUAAUGAAACCACACCAACAACAACAUCAACAAAUAAACUUAAAGUAAGCGAAAAUAUUAACUAAUGUAAAUAAGAUUGAUUAAUUCUUAGAUAUGAUUAAAUAAUAAAUAAACAUCUUGUGAAAAAGUUUCUUUUAUAAUUCUUCCACCCCCGCUUCAAUUCCUGUGAAUUUCCUUUGUUUAUAAAUAAAUCUUAUCUUAAACACGAAAAACAUGACAAGAGUGAGUGAAAUUUUUCAAGA